AUGAAACCCGACGUGAAAGACCGUGAUUAUAUGUACAGACUUAUUAUAGGGCAGUUAUUCUACGACGGUCAUCAGCAGCUGGCCUUGAAUCUGGCCACUGCAAUCGGGUGCUCCGCGCAGCCGCCGCCGCCUUCCGAUAAAUUAUUUCGACUGGUCUCGAUCGCGAAGCAAUUCGUCGACGACCCUGACCAGAACAAAGACUCAGUCUUAUUGGUGUCUGGUGUCUGGUUGGUGAGCGAGACGCUAACCGACUGCGCCAACGGUUUGGCGCAGUCGAUGGAGACAGUGUCGACGGGUUUGGAUCUUGAGUUCGAUGCCGAUAUAGAGCCGACCUCACCGGAACCGAGCAUGUAUGAGACGAUUUAUUUGACAUCGCAUAAGUCAGCGUGUCGGGCGUCUGCAUUUAAUAUCGAUGGCACCCUACUGGCGACUGGCUCAGCGGAUUGUUCAAUAAAAGUAUUGGAUGUGGAGAGGAUCAUAGCGAGGGAAGUGAGAGGUGAAGUGAAUCUAACGGAGAACGGCCCGGAUGCGCAGCAUCCAGUGAUCAGAACCUUAGGUGAAGUGAAUCUAACGGAGAACGGCCCGGAUGCGCAGCAUCCAGUGAUCAGAACAUUGUAUGAUCAUGUUGAUGAAGUAAACUGCCUGGCAUUCCAUCCCCGAGAGCAGAUCCUCGUCUCGGGAUCGUCCGAUUUCACCGUUAAAAUGUUCGACUACUCGAAAACCGCUGUGAAGAGGGCAAUGAAGACCAUAUUCGUGAGUUUUAUUUAUUAUUAUGAUUAUUUAUUAUUACUAUAUUAUUAUGUUUAUUAUUAUAUUGAUUAUUAUUAUUAA